AUGGCGGCUGCGAAGCUGCGAAUUGCAAUACGCAAGGGCGAUACCUCCCACCAUCGUGCAUGCGCCAGUAUGCUUUGGGCGUUGGCAAAGCUGCAUGACAGGCUACCAAUGGCGUCACUGAAGCCAGUUUUGCUUGAUGCUGUGAAGUUGUCGGCACCCUGCAUGGAUCAUCAGCAGAUUGUUAAUGUCGCUUGGGCAAGUGCCGCCAUGCAUUUGAGCAAGCCAGAACUGGAAGACUUGUUUACGACAGUCUUGCCCAGGUUGGCCCAUCUUGUUCCAUCAAUGAAUUGUCAAGAUGUGUCAAACUCAAUUUGGUGCGUCGCAAAGAUGAGAGAUGAUUUGCCAGGGCUGCUUGACUUGCUGCCGCAGCUAGCCGCACGGGUAAAGGCAGUGGUCAGGGAGAUGGAAGGUCAAAACAUAUCUAAUAUUGUGUGGUCUGCUGCUGAGUUACGUCAGGUGUCGACGGAGCUUUUUCCACUUAUAAACAUUUUGACAGAAAGACUGGUAGAGGUAUACACGAUGCACAACAAGACUGUCAGCAUGAUGCCGCAGGUUGUCUCCAAUACUGUCUGGGCAGUUGCCAAGCUGAAGGAAUAUGUACCUCCUCCGGCAUCACACGUCGAAUCUCUGGCCCAGAUGGCAGCUGAGAUGGGGGACGUAUCUUACACUGCCCAGCAGUGUGCGAAUGUAGUCUGGGCAUUCGGAAAGCUGGAGCUGAGUAUGCAAGCAAUUUCUCCGCUGAUGCGAAAGCUUUGUGAACGUGCACUACGGAUAGCGCCAGAGUUUCAAUCAGAUCCGCAGAAUAUCUCCAACUUCUGCUGGGGCUUGGCAAACACUGGGUGGAAGGAUGCUGCUGCCCUGGAUACCCUCACCAAAGCCAUGAUGAAGGCAGUGCGUGGCAAGCAGGGGAAGAUGGUGCAGCUGGAGCUUUCUUCCCUCGUGUGGGCUCAUGCGAAGCUGGGGGUCACAG